GGAGAACCCUGGUAUAAAGUUAUUAUCCACGGUCUACCUAUUCGGGAGUUCGAUACGUCUGAGGGAAUGGACUUAGUCCUAGAAGAGAUCAAGACCUUUAAUAAAGGACUAGAGCCUAUUGGCCAGCCUUAUUGGGCCACUUCUAAGGAAAAGAGAGACUCAGGACUCCAGCGAGCUGGUUCAGUAGUAGUGGCAUUCCCUACCGAGGCUCAGGCUAAUAGAGCUAUUAAAAAUAGACUCCUUAUAGCCGGAAUCUCUGCUAAGGUAGUAAAAUAUCAUACUAUCUCUAGCACUGCACAGUGCACUAGGUGCGCAGGGUAUGGGCACUUAGAUUCCAUAUGCAAAAAAGAACCUAAGUGUUUACUAUGUGGUGAGGGUCACGUGACUGAGAACCAUUUUUGCUCUAUCUUAAUCCAGGAGCCUUGGGUAAUAGCAAGGGAUAGUAAUAAUAGGAAAUAUCGUUCCAUUAUACACUCUAGCUAUUACCAAAUACUCCCGAAUUACGGUACCUUGAGACCUAGAACCUUAUUUUAUAUAGCUCGCGAACUGCAAGCUAGUCUAGCCUCAAACUCACCAAGUGAUCCUGAUUGCUUAAUUAUAGACUUAAGUCUAGGUGCACUAAAAAUGCAGCUAAUUAAUUUCUAUAAUGCAGUUCACCCAGAAGACCCUAAUAGUAUAUUAACUAUAUUAAGAGAGGAUAUUUUACCUACUACUCUCUUAGAUAGUACUCUAUUACUAGGUGAUUUUAAUACACAUUAUCCUUGGUGGGAUCCCCUU